AUGGGAGAAAAUAACGAGACAACGCCACUCAAUACGUCAGAUGGACAUUCGGACAAUGAACAGCCCAGUCGCGGGAAGUUCCACAGCCGUAUUGGAAUGGUGCUCAGUUGUAUGGGAUGUAUGGUGGGUACGGGGAAUUUGUGGAGAUUUCCACGUGUGUUGGCCAACAAUAGCGGUGAAACAGGUGCCCUGCAAUUUCUACUGGUGUGGGUUCUGUUUCUCUUCCUCUGGUCCAUCCCAAUACUAUUCAUUGAAUACGCCGUCGGAAGGUAUUGUAAGCUGUCUGUAAUCAGGUCUUACAAAUUUCUCAUUGGUUCGAAAAACAUGUGGUGCGGGGGAUGGAUUAUUACAACUGCUACACUCAUUAGUGCUUAUUAUGCGGUGCUUGUUGGAUGGUGCUUCUAUUACGCAGUAUAUUUCAUGAUUUACCCUUUGCCAGAAAAUCUCACUGAAAGUGAGGCUAUAUUCUAUAAUUUUACAGCAGAAAGCUACUGGCCUCUGGUUUGCAACGCAUUGAUUGUUACACUCGGUGCCCUCUCUAUUCUAACCUCCGUAAGGGGAAUUGAAAUCGUCAACUCCAUACUUGUGCCGACGUUACUCGUCUUAUUGUUGUUUACGUUUAUCUGGGCAAUGACGCUUGAUAACGCUGUUUAUGGAUUGAAGUUCAUGUUUUCUCCUACUUGGGAUCUACUGUUGUCACCUAAAACAUGGGUAGACGCUGCUAGUCAGUCAGCAUUUGAUACUGGAGCUGGAAACGGACUUUUUAUAUCUUACAGCGCCUUUAUGACCGCCGACAACGGCAUCGUCAGAAUAGGAACACUUGUUCCUAUAAGUAAUAAUAUAAUAAGUCUUUUGAACGGGAUGACAAUAUUUGCAACAGUUUUUGGUAUAGAAAUUAGUCAAGGUAAGAACUUGACGGAGAUAUUGACGCUUCUACAAACCAACGGACCAGGUAACACCGGUCUCACUUUUAUAUGGAUGCCCUUGCUGUAUUCCACUGCGACAAUCGGGAGAGUGUUAGCCAUCGCCUUCUUCCUGGCCAUACUAUUUGCAGGCCUAAGUUCAGUCGUGGCACAAAUGGAGUUUGCCGUCAAGACGACAGAAGAUUUGGGAGUUCGAAGAAAAGUAGCUGUCCUUAUAUGCAGUGCCGUCGUAUUUCUAAUUGGUCUGCCGUCCGCACUCAAUUUAUCUUUCUUAGCAAGUCAGGAUUUUGUAUGGGGUUUUGCGCUGAUCGUCUCUGGCUUGUUUUUACAAUAUUUAGUUAUCCGCUACGAUAGUUCGGAUUUCAGGGCUCGUCUCAUCAACGAAUACAGUUCGUCUGAUUGGUACUUACCCAAAUUGUGGGAAUGGAUCAUAAAGUUUGUUGCGCCGGUAGAAGCAGCCAUAUUGCUGCUUUGGUUCAUGCUUGAUAAUAUAAUAAACGAUGCCGAUUGGUAUACACUUGGAUUUGACACAUUGAUGAUGUGUUUGUUACAGUGGGGCGUUGUGAUUUUUGGCGUAAUACUGGCUAAUGUUAUCUACGUCAUGAGAUGUCUUCCAAAGAAUGAACACUAUCCUGUAACCAUGGAUACCAAUCACUAUGAGGUGAAUGGGAUCGAAAUGCCGAAAGCCAAUGACGUAAUACCUGACCAAUCUACGACAUUUCCUUAA